AUGAUCUUGACGUUUGUAUGGAACUGCCUGAUGUAUGUCCAGUUUGUAUUCCCCUGGAGGAUCGAUUUUAAUGUAGGGUUGCUAGCUAGAUGGGGCAGUGACUUGCUGGAUUGUGGGAUUCUUACUGUUUCUCUUGCUCCUAGAGAUAACCAUCAAGCUCAGGUUCAAUUUGUUUUAGAACAUGAUCUCCCUGUAAUUCUUGGUGUCCUUGCUUUACACAGGCUUCCAUUCCCGUCAAAUUCCUUUGAUAUGGCUCAUUGCUCCAGAUGUCUCAUUCCAUGGAUUGACUUUGUUUAUCUUCUCGAAAUACACCGGAUUCUUCGUCCUGGAGGAUUUUGGGUCUUUUCCGGUCCACCAAUAAACUACGAGCGAAGGUGGCAUGGAUGGGACACAACAGUCGAAGAACAAAGAUCAAACUACGAGAAAUUGCAGGACUUGCUAACUUCACUGUGUUUUGAAUUGUAUAAUAAAAAAGGCGACAUUGCUGUAUGGCAGAAGUCUCCUGAUAGUGUUUGCUAUAUAAACCAGACCAGAGAUACUUAUCCGCCCAAAUGUGAUGACAGCCUCGAAGCAGAUCCAACAUGUGGGAGUGCAUUAACAUUCAAAAAUGACAAUACUUCCUUGAUUGACUAUCCUGUAUGCAUUAUGAUUGUGGUCUCAUCUUAUGCUCCUAAUACGCUUCCUGUGAUUUAUGAUCGAGGCCUAAUUGGAACGUUCCAUGACUGGUGCGAAGCAUUUUCGACGUAUCCUCGGACAUAUGACCUACUUCAUCUUGCAGGACUCUUCACUGCAGAAAGCCACAGAUGCUUGGAUUGGAUAUUUGUGCUGACAGAUGCUUGGAUUGGAUACUCUCGAGAAGAUUGUUCAAGAUGCUGCUUAUCCUUACUAGGCCCUAUUUAG